ACAGUUAAAGUCUUGGCCCGAGCCAGAAGAGUCCAGCCACCGAAGAUACCCAGCGGGCAUUAUUCCACGACAGGAUGAAAUGCCGCCAUAUUGAUCAUCAAUCUAAACUUUUGUUCCACGAGUCCGGGGUCGCUUAGCUACACGCCGAGGUGUUACUGCUCUUUCCAGUUCCACUCCAGUCAGCUCGAGUUAUUUAUACACAGAUGCAUAUGUACCUGUACAACUGCCGAAGUUAAAGUUCUGUGUAAUCUGGGGUUCAGUCUUUCUCUCCACCCCUUCCAUCAUUCUGGUCACCCAGAAUGGCUCAAAACUGGACCGUGCCCACGGAGGCUUGGAGGUCAUCACGCCCGCUCGGCUGGGUACUCGGUAUACAGACCUGUGCAGCUACAGUCUACCUCCGCGCUGUACAGUCUACAGUUCUCGAUAGACCACAACGUCACUGGUCUGUAGACUUGGAAGUCAUUCCCCCUGACGAUGCAUCAACCACCGCGAAGCCAACUCUCGAACCUAUCCUCAUACACGAGGAUGACCUGGAAGCAAAAUACUCUGCGCUGCUCACCACAGACCUGCUCAGCGUCCUAGCCGACACUGACAGUGCCCAACCUGGCACGCUGCUGAGACUGCUAUUCCCCCAGGAGGCCGGCACGCCCGUGAGGUCCGAUGUCCUCCACUACAGGCUUCAAGGGCUCGACGAGGUACGCAAAGUCAGAAGCUUCCUGAAGCCCCUGGUGCCUGUGAGCGCGGUUCCGCCCGAGCAAGCCAACCUCAGUUCCAAUUCGGCCCAGAGCUUCAUGCAACUCCUCAAGGGCGCCAUCGGGGGUAUCGUUGCCCAGUCAGUCACACCAGGAGAGGAUAUGUCACAGCUACGCCACACCCUCGAUGUGGAACUCAAACUGCGUCUCUCCUUCCCCUGGUCAAUCCCCAACCCGCUAUCCCGGCGUCGUGUCUUUUGGGUCCAGGGCCGCGCCAACAUUGAGGCAAGCCGCCAGUUCUAUCAAGCCGCAAAGGCACUGGGAAUUGACCUCGUUGUCCUUGACGAGCCGGGCCAUUGGAUGGGGGACGACUCCGGUCCGUACGCGCACUAUCGCGAGGCGUUCAUCCCCAUGUCCGUAGAUGGCGACGAGGGCUUGACCGAUCGCAUCGUGGACGCCGUCAGGGCCUACCCGAAGCAGGUCGACGGGAUCGUCACCAUCAGCGACGUGCGGCUGCCCCAUGUUGCGCGGGCCUGCGAGAUUCUGGGGCUCCCCACGUCCCCGUCCGCGGCGUACCGCAUUGCGGGCGACAAGGGUGCGACUCGCCGGCUGGAGGAUUCCGUCAGUGGCACUGAGAGUUUUGUUCUCCAAAGUGCGGAAGGGCUUGAUGCCGUGCUGGCCAGACGCAAAGAAUCCUUCACAUACCCCCUGAUUGUCAAACCUUGUACAGGCUGGAACAGCGACUGUGUGGUCAAGGUGCGGAACCAGGAGGAGCUGUACGCCGCCGUCCGCCGGGCGUCGGCUAGACACGCAAGUUCCCCGGCGAAAAACACCGGUGUCGUGGUAGAGCCGUACAUCGAUGGUCCUGAGGUGGACGUCAAUUUCGUCAUGCUCGACGGCGAAAUCCUCUUCUGCGAUAUCACAGAUGACUUCCCAUGUGCAGGUGACCUGGCCGCAGCCGAAGGGUCUCCUCUGGCGGCCAAUUUCAUGGAGACACUCAUGGAUGUCCGCUCGAUACUCCCCCAGGAGGAGCAGGACAUGAUGCGAGACUCGCUGCAAAAAAGCAUCAAACGCUGCGGUUUCCAGUCAGGCAUUUUCCACUGCGAGGCCCGCGUGCGAGGGUCCCACAUGUAUUACGGGCCGAGGGAUGAUAAUGGACUGUUGGACUUGCGUCUUCGGCCGCUCGACGGGAAACUGCCUCCGCCAGCGACAUGCUACCUGCACGAGAUCAAUGCCCGGCCCCCGGGGUACAUCAACUGUGUUGCGGCGCUGCUGGCGUAUGGAGUUGAUUACUACGCCAUCCGGCUGCUCCUGGCCCUCGGGCCGAGCGAGGAUGCGAGAAUACGGGCGCUGGCGCAGCCGUUUUCUUGGUGCAGCCGUCUCGUGUCGCAGUACGGGUUGGGGAUCGUUGUCCUGCCUCCGACCAAGGAAGGGAUUAUGGGAUCUGAGGAUGCAGUGGGGGAGUUUUUGGACGCUAACCCGGAUCUGCGAGAGCAUGUCGUGUUUUACCAAACGGUUAAGCAGAAGGCGGAGGUGGUACAGGGACCUGAUUCGAGUGAGCUGUGGUGUAUUGGCUAUGUCAUCGUUGCGGCCACGAAAUCUGAUUCAAGGAAAAAGGUCUUGGAGCUGGCCCAGCUUAUGAGGGAAAGAUUUGAUUAUAAGCUGAUGGAGGAGGUUUAGAGAAAAUAUGACAGACAUACAUUGAUUGCAAGCAAUUCAGGUAUCUAU